AUGGCCGACUGCUUACUCCCUACAUCCGGCUGUGGGGUGCCGCGCCGGCGGCGCGAACGUCGCUUUCGUCUCGGAGACGGCUCCGACGGACCGGGUAAUUCCUCGUCCGGCCGGUCGGACGGCACGUCCUCCAUUGAAGCGAGAACUCCGGUGAAUCGGAUUCCUAUCAUGGCCAAGCAGGUGUUGGAUCUCUACAUGCUCUACAAGCUUGUUACAGAAAAAGGCGGCUUAGUGGAAGUCAUCAAUAAGAAAAUAUGGCGGGAGAUCACCAAAGGCCUUAACCUCCCUACCUCUAUUACCAGUGCAGCUUUCACUCUCCGAACACAGUAUAUGAAGUACCUCUACCCAUAUGAGUGUGAAAAGCGGGGACUGAGCUCCCCUGGCGAGCUUCAGGCAGCUAUUGACAGCAACCGCCGCGAAGGCCGAAGGCAGAGUUAUGGCUCAGCCAUCUUGAACUGCUCUCUUGUGGGAAGCCAAAGCCUUCUGUCCUCACCAAAGAUACAGAUGUCCCACCUACCCAUUCCUACUCACAACAGUGGCCAGAUCUCCCAGGUUCCUGUGAUCAAGAAAGAGGAACCCAUGAUUGCCAGCUGCCUGUCCAGGCAGGUGGCUCUGCCCAUGACUCCCAGCAGCCAUCCUGCUGCAGCCAUGGCCGUCCAGACAGCCGCUCUGGAACAGCUGAGAGAGAAACUGGACAGUGGCGAGCCGCCACAGAAGAAGAUGAUGAUGGAGCAGCAGAGGAUCAUGCAGCAUGCCCUGCAGCAAAACCUGCUGGCGAUGGCCUCCCAGCUACCCCUCAACAUCAAACUUAACAACAGAGAUGAUAGACAAGAGACUGCAUUGAACCUGUCUACCAACGGCAUUAGCAGCAUCAACAUGUCAAUAGAAAUAAAUGGAGUUGUCUACACAGGCGUCCUGUUUGCUCGGCAGUCGCCCAUAGCAGGGAUGGCAGGACACCAUGGGAAGCAUCAUGGCUGUCAGACUCAGGGAAGAAGCAGCCCUACAAAGUUCCAGCCCUCCUCAUCCUCCUCGUCCUCUUCUUCUUCUCUCCAUGGACACCGAAACACCUCCCCCUGACCCUCCACUUCUUCUCACCUCCCCCUCCAGUCCCAGUGAGAAGAACCAUGUUACUAAAUCAUCAGAUUAACUCCAGUUUAUUUCAGUGGUGGUUUACUCCACAUCCACAGGUGAGCAAAGCACUGAUUAAAAAGCAACUGUUGCAUAUAGACAUCUACCUGCCCCCCACUUUUAACCUGUGUGACAGAACAUUGUUCAUGUCCUCAAACACAUCUAGUUAGUGUGGAAAAGUUCACUCAUCAACUCAACAUACCACCACAGUGAGCCAAAGACUCGUACCCCCGCGCUGAAAUGAUGUUGCAGCUGAAACCGUGGUUUUGAUUUUUGUAACGUUGUGACAAACCUCAGAAACGGACUGUUUACAGUGGAUACAUGAGGGACUGAUCCAAAAACAAGAAGCACAUCAGAGGUGAAAACCAUCUGGUUCAUUAGAUAAACAGAUCCUCAAAGACUGGUGUUCGUUCACACGCUGGAGUUAAAGUGAUGUGUUUACUUUCCUCUCUACUGCAUGGCUCUGUCCACCCGCUAACAGUCCUAUAAGCACAGCGUGUCUCAAAGCCAUGUUGUUCACAACACAAAGAUCAGCUACACAAUUCAUUUGAAUAAUUCGUUUGUUAGGUUUCCCCAAACCAGCUGGUACCAAACUAGCAAUAGCCUGAGUUUGCUGUAGUGUAUAAUAAUAUGAUAGCUGCCUAAGGUGUGUACUAUGUAAGUAUAAUAACCACUCCAAUACGUAUUAAAGCUGCAUCUUGACACUACAGAGAGCCUCAAAUUUGGGGAAAUCCCACUGUAGCUGUUCAAGUGCAAAGAGCUGCUGUUCAGUGUGUUUGUGUCUCCACCAUAACCAGAACACGUCUCCAUCAUGGGAUUCAUCGUUUGUUUAGUAAAUAUGUAAACAUAAUUAGAAAGCAGGCGUGUUUGUGUCCUCUCUGCUUUCAGGAUGUUGGGCACAGCUUACAUUAAAGUAAUGAACGUGUUGUUCUGAGGGCAAAUAUUGCACUUUAUGUUGAGCAUGAUUUUCACCCUGAGUAAGAUUUUGGAAGCUCUUCUGACCAAACCAUACGUGUAAAGUCUGUGCUGAGGUUGAUGUAGAUAUACUGUAGAUGCACAGAUGGUGUGAUGCUGUUGGGCUGACUGAACGUCCUCAGAGGAAACGACUGUGACGAGAACGAGCAGCAGUUCAGUUUGCAGGCAGUAGGUGAGCAGGAGGCAAACAGGUAACAGAGCAGUCAUGAGUCAAACGUGGUUUUAUUUUGGGUUUCUGUUUUAAAAUAAUGCUCUGGUGUCUUCAUAAAGACCUUUGUUCAUCGUGAAAGGCAGUGGACACACGCUGAAGUGUUGUUUCUAGUACGUCUGUUAAAGCAGGUGUAUGUUUGAUCCUGUAUCAUCGCUGAUGCUUGUUGGCAAAACUUCACCAAACCACCUACCUACAGACAAAGGAUCAAUACAAAAUAUACCUCAUACAUUUACUUUGUUAUUACUGUUUUAGUUCAGUGGAUCGCUGGGUUUUUUUCACAUUUUAUAUGAUUAAACAAGAGACACACAUCUACCUCAUUCAUUAUACAACGUGCCAACAAUCACGUCUACAUGGCAACUUUCAUAUCCAUGUAUUUAUGAACCAGCAAGUUUACAGAGCUUUUUUACGUUAUACCAAAAGAAUCCAGAUGAAAAUGAACAGAAAGAAGAAAUGAUGGUGGCACAAGUGUAAAAGGUGUUUUAGAUAUGAAUAUGUGUUCAUGUGAUACUUUUUGUGUCUGAUUGUAAGAAACUGCAGAAAUGAAUUUGGGAUCUUGCAUCUUUCUCAGAAUGACGCAGCUUUACAUUUAUCGUCCAUAUUUAUAGCAGGGAAAUUGUUGUAAUUCAAGCUGAUAUCAGCCUAAAAUUGUCUCCUGCAGUGCUGACAAACACUAAAGACAUCAUGAAAUGCUAUAAUUACUUAAACUCCAGCACUCGCAUAAAGAUGUUUUUGAUGUUUAUCUCAGAUUCACUCAGUUAUCAUUAUGAUGCAUUCGCUUCAAACAUGAUCAGAGGACGUUUCAGUGGCUCCGAGCAGAGAACAACAACAGUUUGGAGUAUUUGCAUCAUUCCACGUACAGGCCAGGCUGGGUGAUGCUACAGGUUUCAGUAACGUCCCACAGACGACAGAAACAUCUGAACAAAAUGAGGAAGAACAUUUUUGUGUUUGUUGCUUUUUGCCUGUCAUCGUUCUUUUUGAGUACUUCACAUCACAUCUGUUUGGUGAAACUGAGCUGACAUUCCCAGAUAUGCACUUCAGUCCCAUCACAUUUAGGAAUGUUACCCUCAGAUUCCUCCUCAUUCAUUUCAAAGCAACAUAUGAAGAGUUCGUGGAAUGUAAGCAUGUAACUGAGUUGUGUCUAUAUUUCAGAUUUAAUGAUGGCAAAAAUGGCAAAGACACAAACGCAGUACAGAAAGAUGUGACUCACUGGGAGCUAAUGGAGUGUCGCAAUCAAUACUUUGUAUUAAAUCAAAAAUAUAAUAUCUCUGUAUGUUUAAUUGUGGGUCCUGAACCACACAUAUAAUUUGUUUUAAACCUUAAUAAUUCUAAGAACAUUCACUGCUACCUGCUGUCGUUUAACUGGGUUUUAACUGUUGUAACUAAACAAAUCGCAGCCACGGACACGUGACACUAGCGUGGAGACGCUCCAGGACCAGUGAGACUGUCUCUUUCUUAGCAUCCUGUAGGAUGAUGCCCACUACAUCGUUUAAUUCUGUUUUAUUUGCAUCCAAACACAACAACAAUGGCCUCGAGGUGCUUCAGCAGCUCAGAUAACUGCGUGGCUGAAACAUUUCACACUCACUUGAUUUUGAGCUCAUCGAGAGCAGAGAACCAAAGAGAAAGCAACACCUCCGCAUGCAGGAAAAAUGUAACCAAAUAACAUGUAUUGUAUUUGAUCUAUGAUAUGCUCUGCUUGUAGUUUUUAGACAAUGACUGCGUUAUGAGUUGUGUGCAAAGCUGUAAAUGUUUCCCUUUGUUUGAAUACAUCCAGUGCAUUCUGGGACACUGGCGUGUGGUGCUCAGGGGUAAAAAUGUGUCAAAAACAGUUGUGAUGGAUUUUCUGGGUUUACCAUUUGACUUG